AUUCGACUGUGCUGAAAUAAAAAUAAGGCAAAAACUAGAAAAAAAAGCAAGCAGAUAUUUAGUUUUCUUGUGUCAUAAUUGACAUAUAAUUUCGUAAUUAAUUUUUUGUAUCGUUUUUUUUCGUAGUAAUAACGAAUUACUACAAUUGUUUCCCCAGUACAUUGAUGUUCGAGGAAAAGUGGGCGGUUAUUCGAACGUUAUUAUUUACUGUCACAUCUGUUUUGGCGAAUGAGAGCGCACGUUGUCUUCGCUAAAUCGCUGUUUUCUUUUAUUAUCAGUUUUGGUACGCAAUUACACGGACGUACCAAGUGGGCGCUCGUAUCUUUGCGUUUUAGAAUGUAAAUGCCCAUACCAACUCGAGCAGCUCCUCGGCCGCCCUCCAAUUUUGGAACUCAAAUUAACUCAGGCUGGAGUAACAAUGAUCCUUUCGGUACUACCAUGCAACCAAAUCAGAAGAAAAAACCACCGCCGCGUCCUCCUCCACCGCGAUUCAAAAAGGAUUCUUUUCCCCGAAACGACGAUAAAACUAAGAAGCCAGUAAGGCCGACGGAAUUAUUGACCAACAUAUUUGGACGGAAGACGCAAAGGAAACAGGAAAUUCCGAAUUUAGCAUUGUCAAGCUCACGAUUCCAAAGCGGGAAUUCGCAAUCAAACAGUACGGUGGAUCCUGGGGUUUCAUUGAUAGAUCUGAGUCCUCCUGGAUCACCAACGUUUACAACGAGAUCAAAUAGCGACGGUGUUAGCGUGGACAGUUUUGGUAGCGACGGGAAUUCGAAUCCGUCGGUUUUUACGAGUAGCGGCAAUACGUCGCAGACGGAAAGUGCCUUCGAGGACGAUUUCGACUUUUUCGGAAGUUUGUCGAGCAGCAAAACGAGCAGUAACGAUCCAUGGAAGGUGACGAGCAGUCACGAUCCGUUCUCACAGUUGUCAUCGAGUAACGCGAGUACUUCAAUUUCAACAAAACGUAUCGGUGAUGCAAAUUUCUUUGCUUACAACGAUACGCUUCCGAGCAAUUCAACCACUUUUAAUCCACCGGUUACGAACUCUGUGGCAACGAUGCCCACUAUUAUUCGCGCGAGACCCCCAAAACCACCGGCUCCAAAAUGUCUCAAUCGAAGUCUAGCACCUAUAGUCACAGAUUUCAGUCAUCCCUCAACUUCCAACUUUUCCAAUGGUAAUGUGCCUUCUGGAGGAUCUUCGGGAACCACUUUCAAUCCCAUCAACGAAUGGCCCGAUUACGACGACAAUCCUUCGCCGCCGAUGCCUUCGAUACCUCCGCCCGCUCCACCGUCCGAAUACCUUCAAGAAAUCGAAGCUCCAUCGAAUAAAACAAACGCCUUCCCCCACGGAAUCGCGCUUUAUGAUUUCGCCGCUUCCCAAUCAGGCGAUCUUCCUCUAAAGCAAGGUGAGACCGUAACGUUGCUCAGAGCCAUUAAUGAGGAAUGGCUCGAAGGUCGAAUCGGCAAUCGCACAGGGAUAUUUCCUGCUAAUUUCGUCGAUGUCGUUGUCCCCUUACCAGGAGUUUCAAAUCACGUUGUUAACGCACUUUACACGUUCAACGGUGAAACUUGGGAAGAUCUUCCCUUCGAGGAAGGCGCCAAAAUAACGGUACUAUCAAAAAUAUCGAACGAUUGGCUGUUCGGUGAAUACCGAGGUAAGAAAGGACAAUUUCCGGCGAACUAUGUUGACAGAGUUCCGCAGGAUUUGCCCAAAUCAUCGUAAACCAGAAAGUAUAAAAAAGGAAACUCGAUUCGAUUAGUUCGGGGAGGAGGAAAAUUCCUGUUACAUUUUCUCAAAUUGAAGUUCAUCGAGUGGAAGAUUCGAAAGAAGGGGUAUGGAAGGAGUUAACCGAGAAUACUUUCACUUCCCAACACUCGAUCGCAAUCAUUCUACGGAGCAUGAACCGCAUCGUUUCGAUGUAGUUACUCGUCUAUUUGCUAUAAUUUACCGCAGGACAGAAUUUGCUUCCUUCUUCGUUCGAAUCGAAAUUUUCCAGCGUAAGUCGUAGGUGGUUUUCAUAAUUAAAGCAGGAACACGAGUUCGAGUGUUAUAUAGCUUAAUUUGAAACUUGAAAACGAAUACUCUGCGAAACUACCGACGCUAUCAUAUCUUGAGUGUGCUUAUUGUUCGGAUAAUAUUCUCACGUACGUCCAAACGUCACGAACAUUUUCGCUACCACGUGUUUCGAAAAUGGGGCGUUGCUUUAAUGAGAAGCACCGAUAAGUGUUAGCUGAGUGUACCGCGUUAAUACUAUUUGUUGUAUUUUAAAAAGAAUUUUUGCGCUUAACGAGAUACAUCAAAGAAUUUGUACAUUGCGAGUCGUUGAAGAUUCAAAAAUUUCGGGGAAAGGGAGAAUAUUUCUUUUGAAUAUUCGAGCGGUUAUGAAAAAGUGUAAAAUUUGAAUAUACAUAUACACGUGUAAGAGAUUAAUUUAUCACGCCUGGUUAAUUUUAGUUUCGCUUCAUAACGAACGAAUAAGCUAAAGUUCUCUUGUAUAUAACUUCCGAGAUAGCUUCUAUCGAUUGAACGCUCAUUUUUGCUAUAAUUGUCCAUUACUUUGUAGAAGGGGCGAGACGAAGAUUUUUCUUUUUCGAGACGACGCGAGUCUUGGCGAACUUGGCUUAUAAUCGAUGAAGAAUUAUUUUUUGUUUUUUUUUUCUUUUUCUUUCCCUUAUCUCAAACGAUACAUUUUAUAUGAAUUAUUUCUUCUUUAAUUCUCAGUAUUAACUCGUUUCCAAAUUCGGUUAUUGUGAAUAUUAGUCGGGGACCAAAACUAAUAUCACCUUUUUACAAUCGUAAUAACACUUCGGAAGACAUAUCCGGUCGUUGAAAGAAGAGAGGGAUUAUGAAAGAGUUUUAACAAACUUUGUAAAACGCUUUAUAUAUUUACACAUAUAUUGUACACGAUUAAACAUCGUUCAGCGACUGUUUCAUAUCCCGUACUGAUACAGAAUGUGAUAUUUUUCCGCCGUCAAUAUACAAAAUUUCAAGAUA